AUGGGAAAAGCAGCAAAGACGAGAAAGUUUGCCACCGUCAAGCGCAUGAUCAAGCCGAGCGACCCUCGACUGAAGGAGAAUGUCGAGAAGGCUGCAAAGAAGGUCGAAAAGGAGAAGGCCGCUGAGGAGCGAAAGGCUGUUGCCCAGGCAUCUUCAAGUCUCUUCUUGUCUCACAACUCUGACCUCGGACCCCCUUAUCGCAUCUUGGUGGAUACCAAUUUCAUCAACUUUUCGAUCCAAAACAAGAUCGAGCUUGUGCAGGGCAUGAUGGACUGUCUGAUGGCAAAAUGUAUUCCUACGAUAUCGGACUGUGUUUUGGCCGAGUUGGAGAAGCUGGGGCCCAAGUACAGGCUGGCUUUGAAGAUCGCCAAAGACCCCCGGUUCGACCGAUUGCACUGUGACCACAGCGGGACCUAUGCGGAUGACUGCCUCGUUCAGCGAGUGACGGCCCACAAGUGCUACAUCGUAGCCACCUGCGAUAGAGAUCUCAGAAGACGUAUAAGAAAGGUCCCCGGUGUGCCUCUCAUGUACGUCGUCAAGAGGAGAUACCAGAUCGAGAGAUUACCAGAUGGAGGCGCUUCGUUCAUCUAG